CAUCCCCAAUAAUACAGCCAUUUUCGCGCAAAUGGCCAACCCAGCGACCAUCCUAAACGCGUACGAUGCCUUCCCCCUCUGGGACACAGAACCAAUCACGAGUGCCUUCACGCUCACCUACCCAAACAAUCAUGCCGUAGUGACCCAAGUCUCCCGCCCCUGGCUUUUCCAUUUCGCGCCCCCACCCUCCGCCUCUAAUGGUCGCGCCAUCCUCGUGCUCGCCGGCGGCGGCUACACCCAGCUCAUGGUUGGCCGCGAAGGCAUCGCCGUCGCAGAAUGGCUCUCAUCUCUCGGCUUUGCUGCCUUCGUCCUCGUCCACAGAUUCCCAAACGCCCAAUCCGGCCCACAAGCUCCCCUUGACGAUGCGCGCCGCGCACUCACUCUUAUCCAUGAGAAAGGCAUCGCGCCGAACGGCAUAGGCAUCUGCGGCCUCAGCUCGGGCGGCCACCUCGCCGCUGCCCUACUCGCGGCUUACCCUGCCUCUUGGACGACACCAGCCAUCGCCACGUCAGGCAUCGUUCCCAGCCUCACCUUCGCAAUCAUAGGCUACGCACCUAUCUCCACCAACGCAAAAGGCCGCACCAUCGUGUCUAACAAAGCACCCUUAGACCCCCCAGAGAAACAGGCUCUCUACGACGCGCUGCAGCCUGAUGUUCAACUCCUGGACCACGCCCCGCCGACGUUCAUUGUGUACGCAGGAAACGACGAGGUCGUGCCAGUGGUGAAUGCGUAUAGGCUGGCGGAGGCGCUAGGGACGAAAGGGACGGGUGUGGAAUUGCAUGUCUUCGCGGAUGCGCCGCAUGGAUUUGGGGUGGAUACGGUAGGGAAGCCAGUGGAGGCGUGGCCCGGGUUGUGUGAGGGGUGGAUGAGGCAGGUGGGAGUGCUGGAGUAG